GGAAAGAUGAAGAGGAACUGCGCUCAGUUUGUGAAGUCUCCGAACUUUUUGAUCAAUUUCAGCUCCUCCGAUUGCCUUGAAGCUUAUGAUUUCGUUACCGCAGGCAAAAUUUUAACAGAAAUGGAAGCAGGUCAUUCUACAAAGUCGAUGAGCUUCGUUUUGCUGCUUUCAUUCUGUUUCUUCUUCGCUUCUGUUCGCUCUGUUCCAUCACUUAUCGGAGUGCACCCCCUUGAUGAGAAAUAUUAUUCAUCGGAGGUCAUAAAAUGCAAGGAUGGGUCUCGAUCUUUUACUAUUGAUCGUCUCAACGACGAUUUCUGUGACUGCGUUGAUGGGACCGAUGAGCCUGGAACUUCUGCCUGUGCAAGAGGGAAGUUCUAUUGCAGGAACAUGGGAAGUACACCACGGUUCCUAUUUUCUUCCCGCGUCAACGAUCAUAUUUGUGAUUGCUGUGAUGGAAGUGAUGAAUAUGAUGGUAAUAUCUUUUGCCCGAACACGUGUGUCAUGGGGGGAAAUGCAGCGUACAAGAACAGUUAUUAUAUUUCGACUUCUCGAGAUGUGGAUGUAAUCAACAGAAAAGUAAAGGAGGAAAUCACCAAGGAGGACUUGUUCCAUAGGCUAAUUGGUUUGAAGCUAGUAAUAAUUCUACAAGUAGCCCUCAUAAGUUUUGCAGUCAUCAUUUGGGCAAACCGAUGUCGUGUGAAAUCUAAGAGAAGACGAAGGGAAGGGCGGGCAAAAAACCUCUCGAAUUAGAAAAUGGAAAUAAAGGAAAAAAGGAAGUUGUGGACGAAAAAAAUCGUGACUCAGUUUUAUCAAACCAAAAAAAAAAAAUGAUCUUGAAAAAGAUUCGGCGGAAGGCUAUCGUCAUUUUGCUCUGUUUUAAUCCUAAAUACUCACAAACCUCAACCCGCUGGAUAAAGAACUCCUGCUCUACCUUCACCCUUCACCGCAGAGCCAUGGUCCAUUGGGUGGCUAGGGCUAAGCUAUAUUAUAUAUAAAGAUCCAUCUUAAGCCAACUUAGCCAUAACCUAAACAUCCUGCUUAUUCAUCACAGCAGCACAAUAACACAAAGGAUUAGCAACUCUGUCUGCAUCAAUUUUGUUACAAUUAGGUUAGUUGAUUGACUCAUUAGUAAAGUUGAUGGUUUCUUCCA